AUGGGUAGUUUGGAACUUAUAAAAUCGUGGGAAAAGAAGAGAAGUGGAGCAUCCGAUUCAAUAUCUGAAAAAUCAUCUUCUGAAUAUACUGGAACACAGUUGACAGAAAGGUUAACGAGGAGUCAAGACAGCCUUGACAAAUCUGAAGACGAUCGUAUCUGGACCAACUUGAAGAAGCCAGUAGCCAGAUCAGUUGAGAAAGCAAAGGCGCGAAUUACUCGGGAAAAGUGGAAAGAAGGGUCACCAAAGAAGUCUACAGGCUUCUUAGCAAAGAUGAAACUUGCAGUCAAAGGAAAAAAGUCAGCCCGCGAGAAGACUCACAAGAGCAGUGCGGAAAGAGUCAAGAAAAAUGGUUCGGAAGAAGCCCCUAAAAGUACUGAUUCGGAAGAGAGGUCGAAAGAAGGUGGUUCCGGUGAAAGGGUGAUUGUUGAAGAGAAUAUGAGGAGAGCUCGUGAAAGAGAAAAACAAUCGAGAGCUAGAAUGGACAAUCUGAAGACAGGGCGAGAGACUACACAAUAUUUGAAAUCGGUGGAGAAACGGUUGAAGCCUAGCUCAGACGGUGUCAAAAAAUCUUCUUCAAAAGAAGCCCAAAAGAGUAGCGAUUCGGCCGAGAAAUCGCAAGAGGAUGGCUCCGCUGAAAGGUUGAGAAGGAUCAGUUCUGCGGAGAAAAUGAAGUUCCCUGGUUCUGCAGAAAAAGUUAUGAAACCUUAUCAAAAAGAAAAGCCUGCCAAAAUACCUUUCUUGUCUGGAGCAGGUCCUCUGGCACUUGUAGCAGAACCUGUGGGAGUUGGCUCAACUCCUGGUGGUGGCUCGGCAGGCGAUUCCUUUGGCGGUGGAGAUGUAGUUGGCGCUGAUGGAGAA